AUGAACCCAAUGCUGGUGACCUAUUUGGAAGCCAGCCGGGACCUUUGCGAGACGGACUCAAUUCUUUUUGGCGCCGCACUGGCAGUCUGCCGUAUUAUAGGCGCCAAACUUUCCACGGCUGGACGCGCUACUGGACAUAGUAGUGCUAUCCCAGCCUGGAGAAUAAGAAUUGAAGAACGUAUCGCAAAGGCUAGCGCGCUCAUCGGCAGACUGAUAUGCUUCAAGUCAGGCAAUACCAGGCCAAGGAUUGUGCGCACCGUCAGGAUGGCGUUUUCUGGGACAAAUGUUAGUUUGUCCCAGCCGGAUAUAAUGCAAAAACUGGCGGAGCGCAAAGCAUGCAGUUGUAUAUAUCUCGAAUGGUAUCUAUAG